AUGAAUUCGUGUGGUCGUGGGCUAGUUGAGAGUGAAGAACAGGACGAGAACAAGAAGAUGAAGUUGAUUGUAGUCGAGGAACAAGAACAAGAAGAGGGAAGUGAAAGUGAAAGUGAAAGUAGAACUGGGUUUGUGGAUUUGGACCCGGAUACGCUUCUCAACGUGUUGAAGCGCGUGGAUGCGGAUGCGGUUACGUUAGGACGAGCGGCGUGUGUGAACAAGCUGUGGCGCAAGGUGGCUGGGGACGACCAACUCUGGGAGCCCAUCGUUACAAGGCACUUUCUUCGCUCGGGCGGGUAUGGGCGCUUCGAUGUGUUCAGAAAAGAGGUCCCCAAGUUUGGUGGCUUCUGUCGAUUCCACAGUUUGCGCCUCUGGCCUCUAUCAAAGCCCCCACCAUCGGAUUUUUUUUCGAUCGAUCCAACGGUUCUCAAAAUCCAGCCCUUUUCAGACAUUGCUUCAACGAGCUCAAAGAUGGGUAAGGGGACCAUCGGUAAUAUAACAUGGUAUCAGGGCAGGAGUUCCUGA